AUGGAUAUCCCGACAAGUACAGCCAGUCCAACCCCUGGAGUAGUGAAGACUUCGCCAACGCCCGUACCGGUGGAAGCACCACCGUCGGAAGCAUGUGAAAUGGGAUGGAUUAGGUUUCAACGAGACUGUUAUUACUUUAGCAGCGACAAAAGAACCUGGCGGUCCGCAUUGACACAAUGCCAUAACAUGGGUGGACAUUUAGCCAGGAUUUAUACGACAGAGGAAAACCGCUUCGUAGAAAACACAGCGAGGAAUAGAAACGAUGGCGGACCUUACGAUGGUUAUUGGCUGGGAGGAUCGGACCUCCGGAAUGAGGGUGUGUGGGAAUGGCAUGAAACCCAGAAGGAAAUUGGACCGGUGUUCUGGCACCAGAGUGAGCCAAACAGUUUCCAAGGUGAACAAGACUGUCUCCAAUUGUUCGUCCAUCACGGUUUUCAAUGGGAUGACGAAGUGUGUACGUUUCUAAGACACUACGUGUGUGAGAAAUCCGCGAAAUUGGACUAA